AUUGAUGACAGAGACCUUGGCGAGAGUUCGCCUGAUUAUUAUUUUUUUUGGCCAUUGUUUUGUAUAUUUUUUAAAUUCAAAUCAUCCCACGUGGUUUAGCAAAGAUUCAAGAUGAAAGAUGAGUGAUUUUAGCCUGAAUUUGGAGUUUGUAUCGAGAAUGUCGGAGCAGAAAGAGCGAACACACCUUUCUGACGAUCUUGAGCUGGCGGCCGAGAUCGGAAAAAACCUUCUAGAGAGAAACAAAGAACUGGAAUGUUUAUUGAAAUCGUCACAUCAUUAUCUAGAAGAACAAGCAUUGAAAAAUGAGUUUCUCGAGAAACAACUGGAGACGCUUCGUGAAGUGAACGAUCAAAGAAACAAAGCUUUUGAACAAAUGGAAACCACCGCUUUGGAACUACACAAAGCAAACCAGAAACUACAAAACGAAACGAAUACAAUGAAGAAGAGAUACAGAGACUUGACAGAAAUGGUCGAUAACAUGGACUUACGAUGCGAAGAGUAUAGGAAAGAGGUCGAGGAGUUACAAAAGGAAAGAAGUCGCCUACAACGAGAUUUAUCAAUGGCGUUGUCAUUUCACGAGCAAGUAAACCCWCUCGACAGUGAGCCAGAGCCGGCAGAUGAACAAAUAGAGAGACGGAGACAAUACGACGAAGAAAGGGCAGAAAAAGAAAGACAACUCGAAGCGCUAAAUAUAAAAAUUUCCAAUCUUAGAGAACAACAUGUUCAAGAAAGAAGCAAACGCGAAGAACUUGAGUACGAACUCUCUGAAUUGAUUCAAGAAAACCAACAGCUAGAAACUCAAUUACGUGUGUUUGCUGAAAGAGCCGAAGAAUGGCAACAAGUGGCUUCGGGAACCGAACGCGCAAUCGAUAUUCUCUCGGAAAAUCCCCUCAAUGACAGCGCAGAUGAUGUAGUGGAGGACGAUUCAUUCGUUGUUGUUUCCGAGCAAUUAUCGAGGCAAUCGAGCGCCUUGUCGGAUCAUAGCGGUGUGGUCGUGCUAAGCCCGAGUGAAGAAAAAACAGGUGAAAACAGUGCAUCGUUUUUUUCCGAACUUGGCGACCAGUAUCACGAACUUGUACGAAAAUACGACGCACUGUUAGAUAAAUGCAAACAAGAAGGACUCGGAAAGCACUCGUUACCUAUUCCGAAAGUUCAACGAGCGGUUCAAGUGAGUCCAUUACCAAGUCCGAACAAAACCGAAAGAAGACAUCGGUAUUUCUCGGAAAGCGAAAUUGAUUAUAAACCAGAAGGACCUAAAAUACGAGAAUAUAAGAAAAUGUUUCAAAAAAUUUACACUCGCCUAGAAGAAUCGAAAAACUUUAGACCUGGAACUCCGUGAACUCGUAAAGUCACUGAAUGGAAAUAACCUGAAUGGAAAUAACAUUGACUGGUUUAGAUGAAGCAUAAGACGUGGAACUCCUAAUUUGGUAACUUAUUUCCAAAUUUGGUAUUGUUGACAGCAAUGGUGAGUUCAAACACAAUGGAAUCGGCAAGCUUCAUCGUCUUCCCGGAAACAAAAUGAAGGCUGAUUGUUUCCCUUAUUUGGUUACUUAAUUCCAAAUUUGGUACUAGUUACUUGCAAUUCGUGUUAUCGACUGCCUGAGAUACUGCGCUGAUCUGCGCACUAUUGAACAGUUCAUUUUAGAUCCAUUUGCGAGCUGAAUAAAGAACACAUGUUAAGAGUUACAGCUAAAUAAUUCAACGUAGAUAAACUAUUUAGUAUCUGCAGAAACAUUUUAAAGUGAGAUAAUAAUUAAUAACACAUAAUUAUUAGAAAUCGCGCUGGUCACGUGAUAAAUUUGUUUCACUGAAAUCGAAAAAAUCUCAUACCAAAACAGCCCAAAUUUUCGCUGCUUUUUGCGAAAACAAUAAACAGCACAGUGAAUCCCGAGUAACCAACUCAGGGCAAGUAGAAAAUACUUUGAUUUCAUAUUUCUGUACAUGUAGACAUGUAAAAAAAUGCAAAACAGAACGAGGAUUGUGCUUUCCAAAAUGAUUUCAGCGAAAUGCAUCAUGGGAUUUACAACGUUAAUUGAAGCCAUGUUGUUGUGUGCUUUUUUCUCAAGAUGUUUUGCGUACAUGAAGCAUUACUUUUUGUCAGACAGGCCUUAUAGUAUUUUCAUUGUGCACAAAUCGUAUUCACUGUUAUUCCAAAGCAUUUUCCACAGCGCAAAGUUUUCACAAGUAUCCUCCAUCUUGAGACUUUUAUCGAUACCAUGAUGCAUUUCGCCGAAACAAGUAUGACGUAAUUAUUGGGAAAGACCGUUAAACAGUUGAUCCGCAAUUCGUUUGUUUGAAAGGGAAAAUAAUACCCAUGCAAAGAAUGCAUACUUUGUUAUGUUUGAUUUAUUUUUUAGAGUUUGUAAGGCGUGUAUUUCCACUGUUUUAAUACCCAAUAAAGACUGAUUUAUUCAAAUAAAUCAGUAUUAAAUACAA